AGGAACCGCACUCUCCUGACAACCCACAGUGGAAAGAGGAACCGCACACUCCUGGCAACCCAGAGUCACAGAUGGGGAGCGGGUUUUAAUUGUUUCGUUAGAGGAAUAGAUAGUUCUUGAAAGAUUGAGUCUUCAUGAGAGAAGUUAAGUACGUCCUUAGCGUAACCAAGUGUGGCACUGCCAGGGUCGAGCUCCGUUACAGAGAAACAAAAUUCAUUGUAGUCCUUUUAACAGUAUUAACUGAGAAAUUUUCUGGAGAUGUGGCAGGUCUUCAGCAGUAUUGCCCUCUGACAGGCAACGAGAAUAUUCAUAGAGAUGUUUAGGGCCUUGAAGGUAUCUGUGAGGAAACACCCUGUUGGAAUGGUUCUCUGUUUUAAGCCAUUGGAUACAGCAGAAGAAGAAAUUUUUAAAAAAUUAUAAAGAAAAUAAAAGUUUUGAAAGAGAACAAACAAAAUAUUAUUCGUUUCCAGCUGUGGAGAUAUUUUAUAAUGUGACAACCUGGCAAUGAUCUUAUUGUAACUGACUAUCCAUUUGCCAGAUAUUAUGUAUUUUUAACAGCAAAGUAUUUUAUUCUCAAAGACUAUAUCUGCAGAUUUGGCCAACAUUAAGCUGUAAAUUGUUGGAUAUAUUAUUAGCCUUUCUUGUUGCUGUUGGUCACAAUACUCAAAAAUGGGACAACGACAAACGAAUGGAAAAUUGUUUCUCUUCAAUUUUUUCCUUGCGUGCCCUGCCUUUGUUUUGUACCUUGUUGGUUUCGCUUCUCACUUCUGGCUAGAAUCAAAAUUUGAAAUACCGCCACAGCCGCCGAAUUCUUUUAAGAGCACACCGGUAGAGGCCAACAUGGGGCUCUACACGGCCUGCAAGCGCAUCCACUAUUCUACCGUGGGUGGUGGCGAAAGGAUCACAGAAAACUGUAGCUCAGAUGGAGCCGCCGACUGGCAGUUUAUAGCAGUUGGCCUGGCCAUUGUUGGUAUGGUGCUGAGUUUUCUUGGACUCCUCAUUGCCGUGCUCUACGUGUUUUGUUGUCAGAAAACAUGUUGCAAGAUUAUCAUAGCUCUUUGUAAUGCACUAAGUGCUGGACUGAUGACAGCGCCACUUCUCAUGUAUGCAAUCAACAGAAAGUUUCAGGUGAACAAAACCUUGCCCUACAUUUUUGACUUCAAUCUCUCUUGGGGUUACUUUGUCUCUGCUACCAGUGCGAGCCUUCUGGCAAUAGUGGCCUUACUCAACAUUGUAGAGAUAGUUUGGUCUAAAGAAGAGUUCGACUACUAUGACGAGGAUGAAGUCUAUAUAAAUUCCACAGAAAAUGGACCUUCCAAGAGAUGAUACAAGCCAAAGAUUGUCAACUGCAGCUUCAAAUAGGAACUUCCAACAUUAUCAAUGCAUUUAUAAAAACAAAAUGUGGGAAAGAAAAAAAAAAGGGGGGGGGAAGGUUUGUGUGAUGAGCCAAAUCAAAUUGAACGUUAUAUCUUGUGAAGCUGAAAGAAUGUUGCUACCCGUACUUUCUGUUUAGUGUGCUUCUAAAACUAGUUUGCAACUGAUAGGCUAGCACAUAAUAAAGGACAAAGCCUUUAGCAGUAGGGCCUACACCUUUGCAAGAAGGCUUUGAUCAUUUUGAAAAAAAAAAAAGAAUAGACAAUGAAUUAAAUGAAUUAUAUUGACUUAGUGAUGGUAGGUUCUUGUUUACAUUGUUAAUUAAAUGACCUCAGUGUGCAAGAGUCGUGUGUAAUUAUUGCACUGUUUGUGCUAGAAUCUUUCAACUUUUAUGAUCAAGACAUAUUGUUAGUUGAUGCUCUAAGUGCUAAUGCAGACUUAGUAUUCUCAUAAAGUAAGGAUUUAUAAAUGA